GAAAGAGCCUUCUUCAGAUCAUGCAAUCUUGCCUCUAAGAAGCAUCAGUAAGAAAGGUAAGUUCUAACCUCCAUUUUCUCUCCUUACUAGAUUUAGUUCUUCUUAUUCAAAACAGGCUGUUAAACUUCGGCACAACAUACAACCUCACUCCCCCUAUUGUUCUUUGAAAAGAACAUAAUUGCCAUGUUUAAGAUCAAUAACAUGUUGACUGUCAAAAUUAUGUCCCAAGUUCUAAAAUAUAAUUGUGGGGUUUAUGUGCCACUUUUCAAAUUCUUGGAGAAGUUCAAAAACCCCAGCAUGCCAGCUAGUCUGAAGAGACCCAUAUUGGGCAUCAAAUACAAUAUGUUAUUUAUAUCAAUAUUAUCACAAAUAAUAGGGACCUUGGGUAGAUAGUCCCUAGCCUAAGGAUCCCACAACCCAGUCAGACAACAGGUAAAGACAAUGGAAACAAAGAAACAAGAAGCAAAGAUUUAAGAUUUAAAAUGAACUGUGUCCAUAUAAAUAGUGCUGCAUUCUGAGUAAGCAACUAUUUUCAUUAGAUAGUCAGCAGUGAUUGGGUAACUAACAUAUAGAUACUAACAUAUAGAUACUAAGCCUGUGUCUGGUUUACUUAAUCGGCUCCAAUGACAAGGCAAGAGUGUUGGUACCUUUGGAGCUAAAAUUUGGAGCAAGAGCACAGUUAAGUCUUAUUGGGAGAAAGGGUGCAUGGUAUGGUUGUUGAUUGCAGUGGAUAUCCUCAUGUUUUUCUGUCCCACCAUGAUAUCCCAUUGAAUUGGUGUAAAGGCAUCAGUAGCACUUCAGGUUUUACCCUGAGAAAACUAAAACUGUUCUCCAGAAAUGUGUUCAGAUCUGCAACAAUAAAUGAAUUUAUUCAUUUCAUUCAAUACUGCCCUUUAUCCAAGGAUUACAGGAUGGUUUACAAUAUAAAAGCACCAAAAGACACAACAUAGUAACCAACAAAACAAUAACCCCCCAUCCCAGUACGUUGGCUGCAAAGUUAUAUCUAUAGCAACAUACCUGGAACUAAGCCCCAUAGAACUAAAUGGGACAUACUUCUGAGUAGAAAUGUAUAGGAAUGCGCCUGAAGUUAAUUGUCCUGCUGAAAUGAAAUGGGUUUGGGACUUUGCUCAACUCCUAUUGAUUUCAGUGGGAAUUAAGCACAACAAACUUAAUUCAACUACAUUUUGGAGUGGUGGUUGCAAUGAUCAUUUUAAAGUUUUCCAAAAGGAAUUCUUUUUUUAGUGCACAGUAUACAUGUGGCUCGCGCGCCCCCACCAAAAAAGCAGUGUCUCCUUCUAUUAGCCAAGCCAGUUUUAUUAUUCUGUUGCCAUGUACAGAAUUUAGGAAAUAAAUUAAGUUUUGAAUUAGGAAACAGAAAUAAACAGGCUUUCAGUCCUAAAGCCAGGCUUUAAUCUCAACCAAUACAUUUGUAUAGUUAUCAAAGUGCAAAGGCUUCAUCGGAUCUCUGAUGCUAAGCAGAAACAAUCAUUGACACACAGUAACAGAUCACUCCAUUUCUAGGCAUUCAGGAAAAGUCCCCAGCAUUAACAGUUUAUUUUACAGUAUUAAUUUUCGGGUUCAAAAAAGAAAAAUUCCAUCAAAUCUCCAAGGGGACCUAAGGAUACAUGUGAUCCUGUACAUCUGGGGCUGUGUACACAUUACUGCCUUACAAUGCAGCAAGGUUGUCCUGUUUCACUGUGUUUGAAACAGCAUUUGCACAUUGCUGAAUGUAUCAGAAUGGUUCGAUGUUUAUCCAAGUCUCCCAUCUAAGCCCACGCUAGUGGGAUGUCUUCAUUUGAUGAGCGGUUCUGAAUUUGGUUGAAGUUGGGGUUUUAUUGUGGGGGAGGGAAUGCAUCAAAACACAGUGCCUCACACACACAAAAAGCUACAGGAUAGCUGUAGACUGUGUGCACAAGGCUUCCCAAAACGAGUGGUGGGAGCACAUUGGAUACAGAGUACAUGGAAGUGUGUACAUUGAUUCUUAACUUAUUCUAAUGCCUGUUAUUUCCUAGUCCUUUCUACUGAUUUCUUUUUAAAAUUAAUUAUACAUAUUUUUGGCUCUGAGUUAUGUUGCAGAAAUUGUUAUAAGAAGGUAUAUCUGGAAGUGGCUCACAGAGUACAAAAUGCCACUAGAUCGCAGAAGAUAAUGAUUUUAAUUCCUGCACUGGAAAAGGCCUUUUGUCAGAAGGCAGUCAUUCACAGUACAGUGGUACCCCGGGUUAAGUACUUAAUUUGUUCCAGAGGUCUGUUCUUAACCUGAAACUGUUCUUAACCUGAAGCACCACUUUAGCUAAUGGGGCCUCCUCCUGCUGCUGCUGCGCUGCCACGAUUUCUGUUCUCAUCCUGAAGCAAAGUUCUUAACCCGAGGUACUAUUUCUGGGUUAGCGGAGUCUGUAACCUGAAGCGUAUGUAACCCGAGGUACCACUGUAGUUCCCUUAGGAAGAUGGCGGCGUUGACCCUAUUUGUUCAUGGCCUGGUCUUUUUCCUCUCCAGGUUCCCAAGAUGCUACUUUACUCUUCUCUUUGUUUCUGCGUUCUCAUUUCCAUUUCAUCAUCUUUAACCAAGGAUGAGCUGUUAUCAAAAAUUGCCAAUAAACAUAUGCUGACAACCAAGGACACUGCUUCCCUGAUUAAUGCUGGAAAAAACGUUUAUGAAGGUAACAAAAAGCCCUGAAAUGCUACUCAAAUGAAAUGAAAAUGUAAGAAGAGAGGAAAUUUGGUAAGGUGCCAUUGCUACCUGAUGCAGGGAUGGAGAACCUGCAGACUCUCCAAAAGUUGUUGGAAAACAACUCCUGUCAGCCCAGUUCAUUGGCCAUGUUGGCUUGGAAGCUGAUGGGAGUUGUAGGCCUAGGCAUCUAGAGAAGUCCCCCAUCUACUGCUAAUGAUCACUGGUGAAACUCAUUGCAAAUCUCUUCUGGUCUCCAUAGGGCUUAAGGUGUGUCUGCUAAGGGAGGGGUUAUGCAGCAAAGCCCUAAUAGAACUGAAUUGAGGCCAGCUGGCAAUGUUGCUCUCAGAUCAUUUUAGACUCUGGUCUUAAUGGUGGAUUUAUUACUUCAUGUAUGUUGUAAGUCAGCCCUCUUGCCUAUUCCGCAGAGCAGGGCCCUGGACCUCUUUCUCAAAGUGAUGGCGUCACUGCCAGUGAGGGGUAUUUAAAAGAUUUAUAAACUGCUCAUGUAAUUAAAAAAUCAGAGCGGGGUACACAGAAACCCAACAAAGUAUGAAAUGUACACCAGAAAUAAUACAGAUAAAAUAACACCAGAAGACGUUCAGCAAGUCAUCAAUUUAAAAAUGCAUUCGGAAAAGGCCUUAAGCGUGCUUCGGAAAGAGCAGAUUGUUGGAGCAUGUCUUAUCUCCAGUGGUGAUAAGUUCCUUAUUAAAGAGUCCACAGCACCAGUCCAAAAAUCUCAGCUUGUUGAAUUGCUUAUAGGUUUUAUUUAUUUCUGUCUGCAAGGUACUUACAAGGAGUCUGGUUCUUCUGUUUCAGAAUACAUUGCAAGGGACUGCAGAGCAGCUCACCUCCGUGGCAGGAAGCAAAGCGGCCUGUAUGUCAUCCGUCCCAAAUACUCUCCCUUGCUGGCGGUCUACUGUGACAUGGAGUAUGAUGGGGGCGGCUGGACGGUCUUGCACAGAAACAAUGUCAACUCAAAGACAACCUGGUCAUACCCAUGGCAGUCUUAUAAGCAUGGCUUUGGGGACCUGCAGGGAAACCACUGGCUUGGCAAUGAAUACAUGCACCUCUUAACCAACCAGAACGCCUUCUCUGUACGAUUUGUCAUAACUAACAGUCAAGGGCAAACCAAGUACGCUGAAUACCAGAGUUUUAAAGUGGAUGAUGAAGACAGUGGUUAUGCUUUGAGGCUAGGGAACUAUACAGGGGAUGCUGGGGAUUCACUGACCACUAUAGGUGAAUGGGGAACCCAUGACAACAUGAGGUUUUCUACUGAAGACAAGGAUAAUGACCGGAGGGCCAGUACAAACUGUGCACUAGAUAAUGGUGGCGGCUGGUGGUACGAUAACUGUUACUCAGCCCUCCUAACAGGCGACAUUCGCUGGAGGGGGUUGUGCUCAGAGGCCAUGCCCUGUACAUCAGCAUACAUCAUGAUUCGACCCAAUGGGAAAAAUUGCAACAUACCUCCAAGAUAUUAAUGAAUUGUUUCCUACCACUAUAAGAGGCUUCCUCUCAUUUUAGAUCAGCUCCAAAAACCAACCACCAAUAUGUAGUUUUAUAAGGCCCCAAGAUUUAGGACACAAUAGUUCUCCAGGAAUUUGUUGUAAACCCUCAUUGAAAGGAAUGAGAGCUACAUAGGAGCACAGUAGCUGUGUUCUUAGGCAACUCCCAUUCCUUUCAGUGGGGCUUAUCAGGAGAACUCCCCAGUGGUAUCUGCUUUCUUUUCCACCUACCUGAAACAACUGUUAAAGAUUUUGGCCAAAAUCUAGUCUAUGUAUCACAGUGCUGAUGUCAAGAGAAUUACAAUACUCUAUUGCGCAUUUCUGAGUGUGAAAAAGUAGUAGCUUAUUUAAAAGAGAAGACCCACAUAGAGCUGAAAUAUCUUUAUCUCUGUGCUUUUAAUGAAAAAUACAAAAAUUCAUUUGUGAUUUACAAAUACCUGCAAUAAAAGAGAGAGA